AUGGCUCGCUGGCUCCGCGACCGCCUUCUCUUCCGCAGCGCCAAGCCGGAGCCCCCGCAGCCGGACUACGCGGCGGGUCCCGAGCAGCCGGACUUGCUGGCCGCCUACCGCCUGCAACGCGAGCGCGACUUCGAGGAUCCUUACGGCGGGGGCUCCGGAGACCCUCCGGCCGCCCCGCCACGCUGCCGCUCGCCCCGCCGGAGGCUCAUCCGGGUGGAAGCGGAGAGGGCGACGGCGACGGCGGCGGCGGGGCCCCCCUCCCUCGGGCUGGGAGACCCGCCGGACCAGAAGGAGAACAAGGUCUUGCGGCGGGAGAUGGCCAUUAUUCCGCAAGACUAUUCAGACCCGUUCGACACACGGCAAGACACUCGCAGUCAGACGGAGGAGCAGCAACGGGAUAAAAAUGACGGAUAUGUGGAGCCCUUCGAAGCUCAGAAGAUGCUGGCUGAGGUUCAGAAGAACGGGUCCAAGGAGGAACUGGCCACUCAGAAGCCUCUGCACUUGUAUGACACGCCCUACGAAGCCCCUGAGAAUGAAUCAGGCCCAGAGGACCAAGUUUCUUCUCAGCCUGCUGUCUCCUGCCGCUACUCGUGGUUGCCAGAAGAUGAUGAGAGGCCUCCAGAGGAGUAUGACCAGCCCUGGGAGUGGAAGAAGGAGCGGAUCUCCAGAGUCUUUGCUGUGGAGAUUGAAGGGGUCAAAGAUUUGCCGUGGCCUCCGCCGGUUGGACAGCUUGAUGGCUCAACUAACCACUUGGAACCUGAGAAACACCUCCUUCUCCAAAGCGCCAGCUCCAGAGAUGCUCCUUCGGGCCUCCAGAAUGCCAGUACCAGCGCUCCGGACUCUUCUGCUUUGUCCUGUCCCCUGGAAGUCAAUGGUGCAGCCACGGCGAAAGACCACGUGCCCGUGUGCCUAGAGGGAAAGAGUGCCCCCUGUUGGUUGAGCCCAGAGGAUGGGGUCGCUUUUGGCGAAUAUGUCAAUCCUGCAUUGCCGCUGGAGAGCCAAGCGUGGUAUCAUGGGACCUUGAGUCGGGCGGAUGCUGAGACCCUUCUCCGACUCUGCCGGGAAGCCAGUUACCUGGUUCGGAACAGCGAAAGUAGCCACGAUGCCUUUUCCCUCUCCCUCAAGAGCAGCCAAGGGUUCCUUCACAUGAAACUCUUGCAGACAGAAGACAACAAGUUUGUCUUGGGCCAGUACAGCCCUCCCUUCAACAACGUCCCGGAAGUGAUCCACCACUACGCCAGCCACAAGCUGCCCAUCCAGGGGGCUGAACACAUGUCCUUGCUUUACCCGGUCUCUACUCAGCCCUCCAGUUGCCUGGCUGCGGAGCAGUGACUUGCACUGAAGGGCCCGAAAGGCAUGGGCUGGAGCCAUGCAUGAAAAUCCCAGGUCGGGUGGACCAUGUGUGGUCUACAGGCCCUUCAUUGCAUGGAGCAGGCAAGAAGCCCCUGAGGUUGGAAACCGUUCAUUGGUGGACCAGAGGUCUGCAGAUCCAAGAAUGGUUGCAUCAUAUGCUCCGUCGUGGCCAAUGCAGCCACACUUUGCAUGUUGGACUCCAAAGCCUUCUUCAAGGGCUCCAGAUCAUCCUUCUUCUCCAUGUAGGGAGUGGCCAGUUCUGAGAUGGACCUUGUGAGCAUCAUCAAAUCCAGACUCUUGCACCGAUGCCCCUGCAUCCAUCCUGCUCGCCUCCCAAAUCCUGAAUCCCGUCAGUGCUCAUCCA